AUAAUAAAAAUAUUUAUUUAUUUUUUUUCCUUUAUUAAUACUAAACACUCCUUUAUAUAUUACAAUUAUAUUUAUUAAUUAAUUAUACAUUAUGCAAAUUUUUGUUAAAACUCUUACUGGUAAAACUAUCACCUUAGAAGUUGAAGGCUCAGAUACUAUUGAAAAUGUUAAAACUAAAAUCCAAGAUAAAGAAGGUAUCCCACCAGAUCAACAACGUCUCAUUUUUGCAGGAAAACAAUUAGAAGAUGGUCGUACUCUUUCUGAUUACAACAUUCAAAAAGAAUCAACUCUCCAUUUAGUCCUUAGAUUAAGAGGUGGUAUGCAAAUUUUCGUCAAAACUUUAACCGGUAAAACUAUUACUUUAGAAGUUGAAGGCUCAGAUACAAUUGAAAAUGUAAAGACCAAGAUUCAAGAUAAAGAAGGUAUCCCACCAGAUCAACAACGUUUAAUUUUUGCUGGUAAACAAUUAGAAGAUGGUCGUACUCUCUCUGACUAUAAUAUCCAAAAAGAAUCAACUCUCCAUUUAGUAUUAAGACUUCGUGGUGGUAUGCAAAUUUUCGUUAAAACUUUAACCGGUAAAACCAUUACUUUAGAAGUUGAAGGCUCAGAUACUAUUGAAAACGUUAAAACUAAAAUUCAAGACAAAGAAGGUAUCCCACCAGAUCAACAAAGACUUAUUUUUGCAGGUAAACAAUUAGAAGAUGGUCGUACUCUUUCUGACUACAACAUUCAAAAAGAAUCAACUCUCCAUUUAGUUCUUAGAUUAAGAGGUGGUUUUUAAAUCUUAAAAAAACAAUAAAUCUAUUUUUUAUCUUUCACACUUAAAUUU